GGAGAAUGGUAUAAAUCUCGGCUCCGGUCGCAAAUUUUACAACUCCCUAGCGCUUGGAAUUCUGAACUGGCGCAAGCGAUCCAAACUGGGAAGAAAUUUCAUAAACCAUACUUUCUAUUCAGCUGGGUGAUAAUGAUACCACUUCAAUUCGCAUUUCAGCCGAAUUUUAAAGCAUAUAUUGCGGAAUUUAUUAGAACAGGUAAUGAACUAGUUAGUAAAGUCAAUCCAAUAUAUCAAAUAAAUUAUGUAGAUAUGGAAGACGAAGAAGACGGCGUUACACAACAUAGAUUUAUAUCUGUACCUCACAAGUUUAUCCUCGCGUACCUUUUCAAGAUCUCAUUUUUCCUUGCAGUCAUGGUUUGCGCUGUAGGAUAUGCUUGGUAUGUGGCUGUAAACUAUACUACCAUGGCCAAUCUAACGGCAAUAUACAACACUAGUUGUUUUUGGGCAUAUGCUUUUUCUGUGCUUUUACUGGGCGAAUCGAUGAAAAUAGAAAAAGUUUGUUCCGUAUUUUUAAGCAUCGCAGGUGUAAUAAUCAUGUCAUUAUAUCAAACGGAUUCAACGUUGGGAUAUGAUAUCGGUGGGGAUGCUGUGGGUGGUAAUGGCAUCUUUCAUACAGGAGAUUUAAUUGCUUUGAUUGGAGCAGCUUCUUAUGGAUUGUAUGAAGUACUAUAUAAGAAAUAUGGAAGUCCGCCAACCCCCUCGAUUUUAUUUUCAAACACUUUAACAGGUUUAAUUGGUGUAUUCUCCUUAAUUUUUCUAUGGGUGCCCAUCCCCAUAUUACACUAUACAGGAAUAGAAAAGUUUUCUUUUCCAGAUAUGAAGACUUUUGGUUACAUUCUGCUCAUGGCUUUUUCAGGAGUUGUUUUCAAUGCAAGCUUUAUGAUAGUAAUUGCUUUAACAUCACCUAUUUUUGCCGCUAUUGGGAUAUUGUUGACCAUCCCUGCAGUAGCAUUUGUAGAUUCAUUGGUGAUUAAAUCUUCGUUAGAUGCAG